UCUGACUCUGCAGUUACGUAAAACACACACUCCCAGUGUGAUCUAUUUUUCCCCAUUUUUCUUCUCAACACAUGCAAAAUCAAAAUCCAGUGUGCAUGUGAUCUGCGAAGAAAUUGAAAUAGAGAGAAGGGUAAAAAGGGUUACAUGCAGCGCAGGGGUGAUCAGAAGAAAAGUGAAUCACAGAAUCACUACAAGAGAAAUAGUCGAAUUGGUGGUCGUUCACCAUCAGCACAGCCUCAGUAUCAACGGGUUACUUCUGGAAAAGGCGGUGGUAGCUCUGUUCUACCUCCUCCUUCUACCACCACGCAAAGCUUCAAGAAGUCUGAUGGAGAAACAGGUCCACUGAAAGUGACUGAUGCUGUGCAAAAUGAUGCCCCUGCCAGAACCUCAGGAUCAGAUAAGUUAGUUGAGCCAGCAGAUAGAAUCAGACAUGAAGAUAACCAAAUUGUUUCUAGUGCUCUUUCUUCUCAACAUACAUCUUCAGAUUUGGAUCCGUCAGCUCCCAAGACCCCCAUGAAAGAUGACGCUUCUAAAAUUGUAGCUCUUCAAUUUGGAAGUUUUACCCCAGGUUUUGUGAAUGGAAUGCAGAUUCCGCAAAGAACCAACUCAGCACCCCCCAACAUGGAUGAGCAGAAGCGUAUUCAGGCACGAUCUAGUCCUUUUAGACCACAGCAGCUUUUUCCUUCUUCUACUCCACAUCAGCCGCAGCAGAGGGAGGACAUCGGGAAGCCGAUGGAUAAAAAUCCUGAUCCUCAGCAUUUUCAUGAAAGAGAUCUACCUGUUCAUGUUCAGGUUCCAGCAGCUCAGGCUGUCAGUAGCAUGCAGAAGUUUUCUCUCUCAUUUCCGGGAGUUCCAGUCAAUCCUCCUUUUCUGCAGCCUCAUGGUCCUGUGCAGUUCGGAAUGCCUGGACCACAGGUUCAACAUCAAGGAAUACCUAGAUCUUCAUUCCCAAUGCCAAUGCCACUACCAGUUGGAAAUCCCAACCAAGUUAGGCAUCCCCCAUUUGUCCCUGGUCUCCAACCUCACCCUAUGCAGCUUCAGGGAGCAAUGCAACACGGACAAAUGAUGAACUUCCCUCCUAAAUUUGGUCAUCAGCUGAGCCCUCCAUUUGGCAACAUGGGAUUUGGGAUUCCACCUCAGUUUGGGCAGCAUGUUAGGAAGGUUAAUUCUCGCAAAUCUGUUAAAAUUACUCAUCCCGACACUCAUGAAGAGUUGAAGCUAGAUGAGAAGGUUGACAUGAAAUUGGAUGGUGGUUCAUCUGGCUUGGCAAUACAUCAUCCUGGAGCUUUACCAUCACAGCCUAUGCAUUAUGGUUCCUCUCGUCCUAUGAGCUUUUUCCCACAGAUGUCCUCGAAUCCUAUGUUCUUACAAAACACUCCUUCAAUUCCUAUAACAAACUCCCUUGUGGCGUCCUGCCCUCCCAGACUAGGAUAUAACUCUUCAGCUCCAGUUCAAUUGGCAAUUAACCAAGCUCCUGUCUCUGUCAGAAGAGAGGUUUUGGCAUCUUCAUAUCCAGUUUCCAAGAAGAUAGCGGAGACAGAAAAGGCAUUGCAACCACCUUUUAGAGUUAACUCUAAUGAAGAGGAAUCAAGGAUUCUCUCAGAAACCUCUGUUGAGGUUUCAGAAUCUGCCUCCAAGCCAACACCUUUUGCUUCACCCUCAAGCAAAUCACUUGUUUCUGUCGAUAUACCUCCUUCUGGUAGUGCUUCAUCUAUAGAAAGCAAUGUUAACCAUGUUCGAGGAGUUGAUUAUGUUGAGACCGAGUUGAAGAACCCUCCCAAGAAAAGCCAAUUAAAUCCUCAGCAACUACGAGAGGAAGGAAAUUCUGCGUCCAUAUCGAACCCUACUCCAACAAAUUCAGUAGACCGUAUUUCUGAAGGUCAAAAUGCUGAAAGUAUAGAAACCCAAGCAACUUCCACAUUAUCAGAGAUACCUAGUGAUGUUUCCAUUUGUUCUGGAGCAUCUGUGCGUAAUCCAUCUGAACGGCCUUAUAGCUCCAUGGCAGCAAAAAAAACUCAAACUGAAGGAAACUCAAAUGAUAGGAAUGCAUCGGAUCUAGUAUCAAGCACAGGUGGAUGUGAAACUAACAAUGUGGUUCAUCAGUUGUCACAUUCUGCUGCUUCCUUAUCAGAUUGCAAUGUUUCCAAAAUUGUGGCGCCUGUUGCUAUGAAUAAUAAUAAAGAAGUUUGGCCUUCUGCGUCUGGAGCAAAGCAUAAUGAGGAUUCUCAUAUUCAUACUUCACCGUCAUCUCCAUCAUAUACCAAAAGUAGGGGAAAAGUCUCUGAGGAAACAAAAACUGAAUAUCGUCGCGUUCAAGGAUCAAGUCCAAAGGAUAAACCUACAAAUAAGGUGAAAAGUGCUAACUCUAGGGGAAAGAAAAAGAGAAGAGAAAUUCUUCAGAAAGCUGAUGCAGCUGGGGAUACGUCUGAUCUUUAUAUGGCAUUCAAGGGACCCAAGGAGAAACUACAGUCUUGGAUUUAUUCAGGAAGUGUUGAGAGUUGUUCCAGUCUCACUGCAAGGAAGAUAUCAUCAAGUUCCAAUGAAGAUUUUUCGGCAAAUGAGGAUAAAAAGAGUACAGGUGAACCAAACAACUGGGAAGAUGCUGCUAUGUCAACUCCAAAAUUGGAAACUUCUGGUGACAAUAAAAUUGUUAAUGAUAAUCUUAGGCAUCCAAAUGGUGGAAGUGAUACUACAGGACAAAAGAGAUACUCAAGAGAUUUCCUUCUUACCCUUUCUUCUCAUUUCGGUGAUCUCCCUUCUAAUUUUGAAGUUCCGUGGCAUAUGGUGGAGGCCCUUUUGAGUCCUAACUCCAGCAUUUCGAAAGGGGUGGAUUUUAACAAGAAUGGUCCAAACCCCUGUCCUGGACAAAUUAAUAGCAGACAAGGCUGCUCUUCUUGGUCUGAGAACCGUCCUACUGGAAUGGCAGAUGAUGGCAGGUGGACCAAUGAGCAACAUAUUGAUAUCAACCAAGGGGGAAGCGUUAAUGGUGCUCGUCCGGGUCGAGGAAACCACAAGAAUAUGAGGAAUUUACAAGGACAACCACCUAGCCAAUAUGUAUCUGUGUUACCUGCUGGAACAAUGCUGCCAUUAGCCUCUCAGGGAGGAAUACAACAUAUUCGGUCCGAUGCCAACCGCUGGCAGCGGGUUUCUGGCUCCCGAAAAGGUUCAUUUCCUUCUCACUCUCCACUGCAAGUUAUGCACAAAGCUGACAAGAAAUAUGAGAUACGCAAAGUGACUGAUGCGGAAGAGGCAAAACGUAGACACUUGAAAGCUAUCCUCAACAAGCUAACGCCACAAAAUUUUGAGAAGCUGUUUGAGCAAGUAAAGGAGGUUAAUAUUGAUAGUGCUACCACUCUUGCUGGUGUCAUUUCACAGAUAUUUGACAAAGCUCUAAUGGAGCCAACAUUUUGUGAGAUGUAUGCAAAUUUUUGUUAUCAUCUAGCCGGGGAGCUUCCUGAUUUUGUGGAGGACAAUCAGAAAAUAACCUUCAAGAGACUUCUCCUUGAUAAAUGCCAAGAGGAGUUUGAGAGAGGUGAAAGAGAAGAAGCAGAAGCCGACAGUAUGGAAGAUGAUGGAGUGGUGAAGCUGUCAGAGGGAAAGAGAGAGGAGAUGAGAUUACAAACACGAAGAAGGAUGUUAGGUAACAUAAGAUUGAUUGGGGAAUUAUACAAGAAAAAGAUGCUUACAGAGAGGAUAAUGCAUGAGUGCAUCCAGAAAUUGCUCGGGCAGUACCAGACUCCAGAUGAGGAAGAUAUUGAGUCUCUCUGCAAUCUUAUGAGCACUAUAGGAGAAAUGAUCGACCAUUCCAAGGCGAAGGAUUACAUGGACGCCUAUUUUGAUAUGAUGACGACAAUGGCUAACAAUACAGAUUUGUCUACUAGGGUGAGGUUUAUGUUGAUGGAUAUUAUUGAUUUGAGAAAAAAUAAGUGGCAGCAAAGAAGAAAAGUAGAAGGCCCCAAAAAAAUAGAGGAAGUGAGAAGAGAUGCUGUUCAUGAACGUCGAGCUCAGGUUGGUCGGUCCACUCGUGGUUCAAGCACUGUUUCUUCUGCUAGAAGAGGGCAGCCUGCAGAUUUAAGUCCUCGGCCAUCCAUGUUUUCUUCUCCAGCUCCUAAGAUGACUCCAUUUCGUGGAAUACCAUCACAAAAUCGUGGAUUUGGAAGCCAGGAUUGCAGGUUAGAAGCUAAACAUCGACAUGAGAGUAGGACAUCAUCAGCUGCCAUGCCACAGCGAUCUAUUGAUGAUAAUAAAACGAUGAGUCCGCAGGGAGUCCCCGGAAGGGGAACUCCUUUCAGGGGCCCAGCAAUGCAUUCUGGUGGUCCCGUGACUGCUGGGGCAGGUGGCUGGUCACCAUAUAACUCAAGACAAGAAUCAAUAUCCAGAUAUGCUCCAGGGACAGUUAUGAAGACUACUGCUAAUUAUGCUCGACCAAAUCAACAUGAGCACGCACAUUAUGCAGAAAGAGAAGUAACAAAUACAAAUCGUCAUUUUGGGAGAUCUGCCGAACCACCAGCACCAAAUUCACCAGGAACGAUAUGGUCUGAAGAACGUCUUGGAGAAAUGUCAAUUGCAGCUAUUCGCGAAUUUUACAGUGCAGUUGAUGAGGACGAAGUUGUUCUACGCAUUGGAGAAUUGAACUCACCGAGUUUUCAUCCAAUAAUGUUAUCGAUAUGGGUAAAUGACUCAUUUCAGAGGAAAGAAAGGGACAGGGAUCUUCUUGCUCGGCUUCUUAUCAGUCUUACGAAGUCCAAGGUGGUACUGGAAACCAAACAUCUCAUUGAGGGGUUUGAAUCAGUUUUAGCUACAUUGGAGGAUGAAGUUACUGAUGCUCCCAAAGCAGCUGUAUUUCUUGGUCACAUUUUCGGUAGAUUAAUUAGCGAAAAUGUGAUCUCUCUGAAAGAAACAGGACAUCUUAUAAGACAUGGCGGUGAAGAGUCUGGUCAUCUUCUGCAAACUGGAUUGGGAUAUGAACUUCUCGAAAGUACAUUUGACCUUAUACGAUCAGAGAAGGGAGAAUCAGCCUUGAGAGAUAUCUGCAGCGCGUCUAGCACACAGUUGGAAGAUUUUAGACCACCCGUGCUGUCCAAAUGAACCAUUUUUUUCUCAUUAGGUGGCGACAAUAACCUUUUGUUUUCGACCUGGUUCUUCAUUAUUUUACCUAAGAACAAAUGCAGAAGCAGGACAACUGCAUAUGCAUAGUAUUUGGUGUAAUGCUUAGGCGUGUAUACGUGACUGUUGAUAUCAACUUUUUGAAGCAUAUAUCAAUUUGGCUUACUGGGCUUGGUGUUUUCCAA